AAUUGAUGAGUUAGAAAAAAAUAAUAAGCAAUUAUUAAGUGAAAAUGAAACAUUAAAAAAAAAGCUAAGCGAAAGAUUUACUAACCAAGAAGAUCGCAUUCAUUCUAUAAUAGAGAUUGCCAAAAAAGAACGAAGUAAUUUGUAUGAAGAU